AAAAAAAAAACCCUCAAAGCUUAACGCUUGCUGAACGCUGAGCUGCAGUGCUUUGCUUUUUCCCUCCUCCUUUCUUCUUUUCUUUCUUCUCUUGACUUCCUCUUUUUUUGUUUUCUUCUAGUGGGCAUUUCAAAUAGAUUUGUUCACUGGUGGUGGGGGGGGUGGGGGUGAGAAGAAUCAAAAAGAAAAAACCCCAGCCAAAAUAAAUCCUCCCCCCAAAACUCGCAACUAGCUUUUGCAAUGGGUGCUGUAAUGGGUACGUUCUCCUCUCUACAAACGAAACAAAGAAGACCAUCAAAAGAUAAAAUUGAAGAUGAAUUAGAAAUGACUACAGUGUGCCAUAGACCUGAGGGACUGGAACAGCUUGAAGCACAGACAAAUUUUACUAAAAGAGAACUCCAGGUGCUUUACAGAGGAUUCAAAAACGAAUGUCCUAGUGGGGUUGUUAAUGAAGAGACAUUCAAACAGAUCUAUGCACAGUUCUUUCCACACGGAGAUGCUAGCAUGUAUGCACAUUAUCUCUUUAAUGCGUUUGACACUGCACAAAAUGGCUCAGUGAAGUUUGAGGAUUUUGUGAUGGCAUUGUCAAUUCUGUUGCGAGGAACUGUCCAUGAAAAGCUAAGAUGGACGUUUAACCUGUAUGACAUAAAUAAGGAUGGCUAUAUAAACAAGGAGGAAAUGAUGGAUAUAGUAAAGGCAAUUUAUGAUAUGAUGGGAAAGUACACAUAUCCCGUGCUCAAGGAAGAUGCUCCGAGGCAGCAUGUAGAAGUAUUCUUCCAGAAAAUGGAUAAAAACAAAGAUGGUGUUGUAACUUUAGAUGAGUUUAUUGAAUCGUGUCAGGAGGAUGACAAUAUCAUGCGAUCCUUACAGCUCUUUGAGAACGUCAUGUAACUGCCGUGGGAGAGCGCUGCAGGAGUCAGAGACUUUGUGUGUAACGAAGACCUCCUUUCUGGGUGAAAGCUUUUUACAAUUCAGCCAUGUCCAGUGUGUGAGGAUUUUGUAUGACAUCUCCAACCAAAUGGCAACUGAACGCAAUCAAUCCCAUCUCUCCUUCUCAGAGACGCUGGUGGAACUUUAUUUCAUUUUGGAAGCAUGCGAAUAUUUUAAUGAAACCUGAUGAGAGAGAGCUGCUGCUCAGAGUUCAACGAGUAACGUACAACGUUCUGUUUGCUAGGCACAAGUCCUGCUUUUAAUCUAGCAAGCUUGAUUACGUAUGAUAGCACAUGUCAAUAGCUUACUUGGCCAUCUAUUAUAAGCGAAAAGCUCAGUUCAUAGCACCGUACGGCAAAAUGCUUUAUGAAUGCCUUGCCGUUAUUUUACUUUGACAAAAGUCUGAUCUACUGGGGCAAUCUGUGAGGUUGUAAAAACAAAUGCUGAAUGCACCUAGUGUGUUAAGCAAACAGCCCACGUAGCCGAUAUCGCCAUUUCUGCAGAGAUCCUGCUUUUCCUCUCCCGUGCACUGGUGCCACCACCCUGAGCUGGGUGGAGUUAUCCCUGAACACAUUAACUAGAGGAGUUUCAAGCCAGUGUGAGCCAGAAAGGAGCAAAGCGAGUGUUGCACACGCAAAUUCUAAACUACAGAACAAAUCCCGUUGAAUGAUGAUAGGUUCUUGGAAGACCCGACAGGUUGAUGAGGGCUGGCGUGUGAAGAUGCGUACCAAUGGUAUUCCAGCCACCGACUGUAUUCCCAGCAUGUAGUGGGAUGCCAGGUGGUUCUCCAGGGAAUAGGGUGCCCCUCUCAGCAGCACUCCGAGCACAGGCCAUAGUCCUUUCCUUGUGAUUGGGCACACACUGCAUGGAUGCAUCAUUUGAGUGUUUAUAUUUUUCCAGUGGAUGUUAAAGCAAAGCAUUUCCCACUUUAUGAAUUUAUUUAAGCUUUCCAGUUUUGCUUAGUUGCUCAGGAUCCAGGUGAGGUAGCUAUGUUUCCUCAUACAGACCUUGGCACCUGCAGAGGGUCCUGUAGGCUUAGCUGGGGGCUACUUGGUUGCUGUUAGACUCAGAGCUGCCAAGCCUGUGUGUCCCUUUGUGCAAUCUAAUGUUUCAUACUGCAAAAUCUUUCUCUCACAAGGCAGCUUCUUUGGAUAUCCAUGACUUGUUCCAGUCCUGUUUCCUUACUAAUGCCAAGCAGAGCAUUGGUUUGGGGGUUUGGUUUUUUAAGUAGUAAAACAGAAAGAAUCGUUCAGUGAAGUUGGUUUUUGCCCAGUAAUUGUCAGCUAAGGUAUAUUCGUUAUGCCUUAUGCCAUAUCCCAGCCUGCUCCGCAGAGGACUCCAACAAAGCUAACGUUAUCAGAGCACAGUUGUAAUCUCCUGGCAGCUGAUGGCUAAGAAACUAAGGAAAGAAGAGAAAACCAGCUUUUCCGGCUGCUUGAACCACAUGCAAUGCAUAGUCCCCUGCUGUAGUCCAAGAUCAUUGCCAUCCAGUACGCAUAUAUUUUUAUUGUAUCAGAUACUAUAGUACAAAUAUACUGUUGGCACUGAAAAUAUAUUUUAAAUAUUAUGUAAGUGGAAGCUUUUUAUAACACAAAAUAUAUAAAUGCCUCCUUUCUGUAGCCCUAUAUUUUAUAUAAAAAAAAAAUUCAUCUAUUGAAGUAUUCCUGAUUAUAGAAAUAGGUCUGAUCAGUAGUAGUGUGAUGCUGUGCUUAUUCCUCAAGAUGGGAAGUUUCCCCUUUUACUGUGCUCUUGCAUACACUCCUGCAUGGUUGAUCUUACUCCCUUGAGUUGCCCGUUUGUCAUCAAAAGUGCUAUUCAAGGGAGGGAAGUUACAUGUGGGCAGGAAUGAUACCUUAGUCUAUUCUGUUUAUUAGCUUUCAUACAAAUACUACCAAUUAAUUGCUUCCUAGCAAUGAUACGGAGCAUAGCAACUCCAGUAGUCUGCUGUGAUUCACAAAAGUGGUGUGAUGCUGUGAGCGUAGCCUUGUCCUCUAGUGAUUCCAGCUGCCGUCCAUUUAAUUUUUAUGUGAUAGGCACUUGAUAAAGACGGUGCCACUUAUCGCUGGAAUAACGCAGAAUGUUUAUCCUGUUCCUUCUUAAUUCUUGCAACCACUUUAGCAAAUGACAGAAUUUAGUGUAAUGCAUAGCCUGCCUUUUUUCCAUACCAAAAGAGCAUCUGGCUGUUGUCAGUCUGAGCAAUGAACUUCAGCUUAGGGAGAAGUGGUCAAAGAAAAAUGGGGAGCAAGCAUUUUCACCAAGCUAGCCUAGUGCCUUUCUCCUCGAGCAGUGUUGCCCCACAUGCACUCAUGAGAUGGCACCUGCAGCCUGAAAAGUUCUCACAACUUGAAGGUGCCCUUUUUGAAAAGUACAAAACCACUAUCAGUUGUAUUAUCUCAUUGGUCCCUGAAGCCAAAUUAAUUUCUAGAGUAACUUUGGCGCAUCUGGCCUCUGCUGUAUUUAUCUGCAUCUUGACCUCUGUACGGGGGACGCAGGUGCCUAUGUUCUAGGGCUUGUAACUGCUCUCUGCUGAGCGUGGCCCUGGUUUGGUGACACACGUUAAACGUUUGAAUGUUGCUUUCGGUAUAUGUUUAAGUGUAAUGCUGAAUUCAGACUACCGUUAGCGACCCUGCAGUUUUGGCAUCUCCUUGGCAGCUCCACAGGCCGCAGCUGGUCUCAGCUCUUGGUGGCGGGGAGCAUGCAGUGGGGACAGAGGUGAACACUGAAAGCGUCAGUGGUCCCGGUUCUGCUCUCGAGGGAGCCGGAGACAUAACCAACCUCAAUGCCAGUCUUGCAGGAGUCCAGACCCCAUCUGAGCAUAGCUGGUGUUCAGCCCUGGGUCGCUACCCCUCUGCUCUGGUCGAGUCCGUUGGGGCUAAGAUAGGAUUUGCUGGAUUUCCAGAGCUGCAAAUUCCAGCUGUAACGUGGUAACCACCUGUAAGAAACCAUUUGUGGUCUAGCGCUUGCGUACGAUCCCCUGAACAUCAGCCAGAGGUUGGUAUGCAUCAGCACCCAGGCAGCCGAGCGGUCCAGCGCCUGCGAGGGGACUGCCCUCCGCAUGGACGUGUCUUUUGGGUUUGUUCUUUAUGUUCUCGGUGAAUGUUAGUUUGCAAACUCGCAAAGCCUCCCGUCACUCGUAAAUGGGGCUUGCAACAUUCGUGGCAAAUACUUGCUGCUGCAGCUUUCUAACUAAAGCGUAGUAGGCUGGUCUAAUCUCCUGCCCUCCUAAAUCCCACCACCCAUACGCGGGAGGUAGCUCCUAUGCUGGCUUCUAAGUUACAGUUAGACUCUGUCAGUGCUAUCAGCUGUGUAAACUUUCUCGAAGUUGUGAAUGUUUAAAUAAUGUCUGAAUUAUUAGUCUGUUUCAUUAGUUACCAACAUUAAUCUGCAUAGUCAUGCCAGCAUUUUCCUUAAUGAAAAAAAGCAUUUCUAACAUGCAUUUUAGGCAACAAUCUGUUGAAAAAUAGGAAUGUGAUUAACAACAAUGCAAAAAAAAGAAAAAAAAAUUGUAGCAUCUGUUACUGUUGCUGUUCGUUUUCCUGUUCCUUUGGAAGUGUUGCAAUAUUGUGAGUAAUCGCGAGUCAAGCUGUAAACCGGGCGGGAUGGAUACCGUAGGGCUCAAGCGCUGUAGGGAGAACUUUGCCAUUGCUGGGCUGGGACACUUACUAAAGCCAAACAUCUUUGUGUCGGCGCGUGCUCUCUGAUGAGGCGGUAGCAGCAGUGUAACGACCUCUUCUUCUCCUCCUUCAUGGAAGUGCCAUGAAAGACUUAAGGAAACGUGUGCGAAUAAUAUAACCUGUGAUAACUAAAGCCAUGUUAAUGGAGCAGCAAUGCAUAGCUUCGCUCUCACAAAUGGUAUUAUCCAAUGGCGGUUUGUAUUAAAUUUUGUUGAAUGGUUUUCAAAAAUGUUGGUUUUAAUACUAAAAAGCAAAUAUCUGUAGGGGGGGUGUCCUUUUGUAAGCCCAGUAUGUAUUUUUUUUUUUUCUUAAGGGACACUGUCAUGUUGAAAACUUGCAGCCAGAUUUUGAAAAAGAGGGUUCUGCUAUGAAUUCCCAUUUAUCUGCACAGAGGCUUCUGAACCCAUGAACUGCUGUGAGCCUAACAUUUACAUACGGAUGUUUGAUUUGUAUCGCUGAUGCAGGGAUGCUCUUGUAUUUGGUGCAGUGACAUACGUGGCUGAUGAUCUGGCCCAUGUGCAAAUAGAGCUCAAAAAUGCUCUACCUGCAUCACUGGUAAUAUUUUGGAAUAGUAAAAACUGAAAAUUUAUGGGCAUCUUUUUUCCUCUUCAGCAUUUUCGCUGGUUUUGCUUAAGUGUGUCUAAGAGAACAGCUGGUUGGGUUGUAGAAAAAUGCAAGCGCUGCUCAGUUUUAGAGCUAAGAAAAACAAAACGAAACCUGUCAGUGUCCCUUUACCUCUGGUUUGUUGAAAACAUUCAUUCUGACCCAUGGAGAGAUGCAGAAGAAAUUUUGCGAGACUAUAUACAUAUAUAGAUAGAUAUAAUUUGCUAAGCUCCAUUCUGUAGGAUAUAUCUACCAGCACAUCCCAAGAAAAAGAAUAUCCUCUUGCAUACGUGCAGAACCGUGAAAAUAAAGAUGUGUGUGUGCAA